AAACCCCUAACACGCGGGCCCGGCGCGGCUCAGUGAAAAAACCCCUGUGUGCCGAAAUCUCACGAAAAGGAAGAGUUAAACGACAUCGCAUUUAUACAGAACCAGAAACCCUCCUGUUUCUUCUUGCAUUCUUAGCACAACCACAGCUGCCCGGCAGAGUCCUUGUUGAUUCAGAGUCGCGGAGAGGAGAAGCGAAAAUGAAUCGCGGAGCAGCAGCAGGAGCCAGGGGAAAAAAGAAGGGAGCGACGUUCGUGAUAGACUGCGCGAAGCCAGUGGAGGAUAAAAUCAUGGACAUUGCAUCUCUGGAAAAGUUCCUCCAGGAAAGGAUUAAGGUAGGUGGCAAGGCUGGUGCUCUUGGUGACUCCGUGACUGUUCUGCGGGAGAAGACGAAGAUUACUGUCACAUCAGAUAGUAACUUCUCUAAGAGGAACCUGGAAACCAAGAUUUUGAUCGACAUUACUUGGGUACCAUUUUUUCACUAUUUCCAGGUAUUUAAAGUACUUGACUAAGAAGUACUUGAAGAAACACAAUGUGCGUGAUUGGCUUCGGGUGAUUGCAUCAAACAAGGACCGAAGUGUCUAUGAGUUGCGGUACUUCAAUAUUGCCGAGAAUGAGGGAGAGGAGGAAGACUAAAGAUCCAUACAAGUAUUUUCUCACAUUAACUAUCUGAAUUACUCAUUCUGGGACUUCCGUUUUCCUUUUUCUUUCUCUGCAAUCAAACCUAUGGACUUUUUUGGAUUGUUUGUUGAUCCUUGUUAGUUUACGUUAUGUCAAAAUUUUGCUUACUGAUUAAAUAGUUAGUUUUAUGUAUCAUUUAGUUCCUUUAAAUCUAUGACUCAUUACAUAUGGCUUUUUAGCACAAAA